GAGAGAGAGAAUCUAAUUCGUUUUAGAGAGAGAGGCAUUUUGUUUUAGAGAGAGAGAGUGAAGCGAUCACUAGGCUUCCCCAAUCGUCUUCAACUCAGAAUAUGCAGAUAGUCAUGUGCUUCUAGAGAGAGAGAGUAAUUUGUUUCGGAGAGAGAAGCAUUUUGUUUUAGAGAGAUAGAAAGUGAUUUUGAUCACGAAAUUGUGUGCGUGUGAAAGAGAGAAAGAGAGUAUAGAUCAUGGCGGCUUCGAACGGAAGCGAAUACUUCGAGUUUGAGAUCGAAACUGGAAGCGAGGGGUUUGCGCGACCGUCGAACGCCGAGUCAGUGGCGGAGGACGAAGAUGAGCUGCUUUGGGCCGCGCUCGGGAGGUUACCGUCGCAGAAACGGACGAACUUUGCGUUGUUGAGACGUUCGGCGUCGGAAUCCGAUAGCGGAGAAGAGAAGACAGAGACGAUAGACGUCAGGAAACUAGAUCGAUUCAAUCGUGAACUCGUCGUCAGGAAUGCAUUGGCAACGUCCGAGCAAGAUAACUUCAAGCUCCUCUCCGCCAUCAAAGAACGACUCGACAGAGUGGGAAUAGAGGUCCCGAAAGUUGAAGUGAGGUUCGAGCAUCUGACUAUCACGGCCAACGUGCAAGUCGGUUCCAGAGCUUUGCCGACUUUGGUUAAUUUUACUCGAGACAAGUUCGAGCGUGUCUUAACUGGACUGAAGAUUUUUCGUCCAAGGAGGCAUGCCUUAACCAUUUUGGACAACCUCAGUGGUUCUGUGAAACCAGGAAGGAUGACACUGCUUUUGGGGCCUCCAGGUUCUGGGAAAUCCACAUUGCUUCUUGCUCUAGCAGGGAAGCUUGAUUCUGGCUUAAAGAAAAGUGGUAGUAUUACCUACAAUGGCCACAAGCUUGAUGAUUUUUGCGUUCAAAGGACUUCUGCUUACAUAAGUCAAACAGAUAAUCACAUUGCAGAGUUAACUGUACGUGAAACUUUGGAUUUUGCUGCCAGAUGUCAAGGUGCAAAUGAAGGCUAUGGUGGAUAUAUGGAGGAUCUUACUCGUUUGGAGAAGGAAAGGAAUAUACGUCCCAGUCCUGAAAUAGAUGCUUUUAUGAAGGCAUCAUCUGUUGGCAGCAGAAAGCACAGUGUCUCAACAGAUUAUAUAUUGAAAUUGCUUGGUCUUGAUAUAUGUUCAGAGACACUAGUUGGUAAUGAUAUGCUCAGGGGUGUUUCAGGUGGUCAGAGAAAGAGAGUUACUACAGGUGAAAUGGUGGUUGGGCCAAGAAAAACCCUUUUCAUGGAUGAAAUAUCUACCGGACUUGAUAGCUCAACAACAUAUCAAAUUGUAAAAUGCAUCGGAAAUAUUGUUCACCAGAUGCAAGGAACAGUUCUAAUGGCUCUUCUUCAACCUGCACCAGAGACGUUUGAUCUGUUUGAUGACCUGGUGUUAUUAUCAGAAGGGCACAUAGUGUACCAAGGUCCUCGUGAAGAAGUCUUGGAAUUCUUUGAGUCAUUGGGUUUCAGAUUGCCGCCUCGUAAGGGAGUUGCAGAUUUUCUUCAAGAGGUAACUUCUAGAAAGGAUCAAGAACAAUACUGGGCCGAUUCUUCAAAACCAUAUGUUUUCCUUUCUGUUCCACAAAUUUCAGAAGCAUUUAGAAAUUCCAGAUUUGGAAGGUCCGUGGAGUCCUCUCUUUCUCUUCCAUAUGAUAAAUCCAAGAAUCAUCCUUCAGCUCUUUCCAAGGCAAAGUUUGCUGUAUCAAAAUCGGAGCUUUUCUGGACAUGCUUUGCACGAGAAUUGCUUCUCAUUAGCAGGCAUCGUUUUCUUUAUAUUUUUAGAACAUGUCAGGUGGCAUUUGUAGGAUUUGUCACAUGCACAAUGUUUUUACGAACAAGAAUACAUCCUACAGAUGAGAUAAAUGGAAACCUGUAUCUGUCUUGUCUGUUCUUUGGGCUGGUGCAUAUGAUGUUCAAUGGGUUUUCAGAGCUACCUCUUAUGAUAUUUCGACUUCCAGUUUUUUAUAAGCAACGAGAUAAUUACUUUUAUCCUGCAUGGGCAUGGUCUUUUUGUAGUUGGAUUUUGCGUGUACCUUACUCGGUCAUUGAAGCUGUUGUAUGGUCUGUUGUUGUGUACUACACUGUUGGUUUUGCCCCUGCUGCUGGGAGAUUUUUUGGCUAUAUGUUUUUACUCUUUGCCGUACACCAAAUGGCUUUGGGUCUCUUCCGGAUGAUGGCGUCUCUUACUCGAGAUAUGAUCAUUGCCAAUACAUUUGGAUCGGCUGGACUGCUAGUUAUAUUUUUGUUGGGUGGAUUUAUUAUUCCAAAAGAAAUGAUCAAACCAUGGUGGGUUUGGGCAUUUUGGAUGUCACCAUUAUCCUAUGGGCAACGUGCAAUUUCCGUCAAUGAAUUUACUGCCACAAGAUGGAUGAAGAGAUCUGCCAUUGGAAACACUACGAUUGGACACAAUGUUCUUCAGUCACAUAGUCUACCUAGUGGAAAUUAUUGGUAUUGGCUCGGAGUUGGUGUUCUAUUACUUUAUGCUGUGCUUUUCAAUAUGAUAGUGACAUUGGCAUUGGCUUACCUUAAUCCUAUCACAAAAGCCCAGGCCGUGAUUCCACUUAAUGUCACAGAAGAUAAUUCAUCUGGGGACAGUGGAAAAGAUCCUGCUGAGCACAGAGUUAAAAGGAGGGGAAUGAUUCUUCCAUUUCAACCAUUAACAAUGACUUUCCAUAAUGUCAACUACUUUGUUGACAUGCCAAAGGAAAUGAGUUCGAAAGGUAUAAAGGGAAAGAGGUUGCAACUCUUGUCGAAUGUGAGUGGAGUUUUCUCACCAGGUGUGCUCACUGCAUUAGUGGGAUCAAGUGGAGCAGGGAAGACUACUUUGAUGGAUGUUCUUGCUGGUAGAAAGACUGGGGGAUACAUAGAAGGGGACAUCAGGAUCUCGGGUUACCCAAAAGUACAUCGCACUUUUGCAAGAAUCUCAGGAUAUGUUGAACAAAAUGAUAUACAUUCUCCUCAAGUGACAGUCUGGGAAUCCCUUUGGUUCUCUUCAUGUCUUCGCCUUCCCAAGGAAGUGAACAAAGAAAAAAGAAAUGAGUUUGUUGAAGAGGUGAUGAAAUUAGUGGAGCUUGACAAUUUAAGGCAUGCCUUGGUAGGUUUGCCAGGCAGUACGGGAUUAUCUACAGAACAAAGAAAACGUUUAACGAUUGCAGUGGAGCUUGUUGCAAAUCCUUCAAUAAUCUUUAUGGAUGAGCCUACAUCUGGACUUGAUGCACGAGCUGCAGCCAUUGUUAUGAGAACUGUUCGUAAUACUGUUGAUACUGGAAGAACGGUGGUUUGCACCAUACAUCAACCAAGUAUUGACAUAUUUGAAUCAUUUGAUGAGCUACUUCUUAUGAAGAGAGGGGGCCGAGUAAUAUAUGGAGGGAAACUUGGUGAGAAGUCGCAGAUUUUGAUAAACUAUUUUCAGGCAGUUAAUGGAAUCCCUCCCAUUCCCACUGGUUACAAUCCUGCAACUUGGAUGCUUGAGAUCAGUACACCUGCAGCUGAAGAGAGAAUUGGUAAAGACUUUGCGGAGAUAUACAAGAAUUCGGAGCAGUAUAGGGAAGUUGAAGCUUCCAUUAAGUGUAUGAGUAUUCCAGCUGAUGACUCCGAGCCAUUAAAAUUUGCCUCUACGUAUUCUCAGAAUCUGAUGUCCCAAUUGAGAAUAUGCCUCUGGAAGCAGAAUCUUGUAUAUUGGAGAAGUCCACAGUACAAUGCUGUGAGGAUAUUUUUUACUGCAAUGAGUGCAUUGAUAAUUGGUGCAGUGUUUUGGGAUGUUGGAUCGAAAAGGGACUCAACUCAAAACUUGCUUGUUGUCAUGGGCGCUAUGUAUAGCGCUUGCUUGUUUCUUGGGGUUAAUAACUCUUCAUCGGUACAACCAAUUGUUUCAAUUGAGAGGACAGUUUUCUACAGAGAAAAAGCAGCUGGAAUGUAUUCUCCAUUUCCUUAUGCGGCAGCCCAGGGCCUUGUGGAGUUACCAUACAUUACAGUGCAGACAGUAUUAUAUGGUGUAAUUACGUACUUCAUGAUUAACUUUGAGAGGACAGUUGGUAAAUUUUUUCUCUACAUUAUGUUCAUGUUUCUCACCUUCACCUACUUUACCUUUUAUGGCAUGAUGGCUGUUGGUCUCACACCUUCUCAACAUCUGGCUUCUGUCGUUUCUUCCGCAUUUUAUUCACUGUGGAAUCUCCUCUCGGGUUUUCUUGUCCCAAAACCUAGCAUCCCAGGAUGGUGGAUCUGGUUCUACUACAUUUGCCCAGUUGCGUGGACUUUGCGAGGCAUAAUUACCUCUCAGCUGGGUGACGUGGAAACGAAGGUUGUAGGGCCUGGAUUUGAGGGCACUGUUAAAGAGUAUUUGGAGGUGAGUCUUGGCUUUGGCCCUGGGAUGAUUGGCGUUUCAGCGGCAGUGCUUGUUGGCUUCAACAUCUUAUUCUUUGGCAUCUUUGCCAUCUCUGUCAAAACCCUCAACUUCCAGAGAAGAUGAAUGGAGGAUUAGAAUAUUAUAUCUUAUGAGGUUAGGAUCAACACUGCAUUAGUUUGGACUUACGCUGUUGAGUAACAUCAUUGCAAGAUUAAAUCUUUUAGGAGGAGUGAAGAAAGGUUCCAGUUGUACACAUCUCCCUUUGCAUGUAUGGCCUACUUAAAAAAAGUACUGAUGCAAUGUAAACAAGUAUUGAGAAAAUGAAAUGAAAUAUACAAAUUAGCAUUCAUAGAGCAACUUUCAGAAAUUGAAGUGUUCAUACAAUUUUAUCUAUUUGGAAG